AAGAAAUAUAGAGUGAGCGAGAUAUGCUACAAACAAAAAAUAUUUUAACUAGUCUUUCAGAUAAGGAAAUACUCAUUUCUCCAGAUUUUUCUGAGAAAGACUAUGUGAAUAAUCUUCUCAAAUUCAACACUUUAGAAAAAACGUGUAAUUUGUUAAGUGACCAGGUUUGCAAAGUUAAGAAAACCUUUGUUUCAAUUGUAAAUAAUUAUCAUAAAGAUUUUUCAAAAGUUUCCUUUGCGUUACGUCAGGCAACACAACAACUUCCAGUCCUUCGUCACCUGAUCGCCGAUUAUGAAGCGUUGUGUUCUACAUUAUUUGAAUCUGUACACACUUAUUUACAAGAAAUAUAUACUAAUGCAACGCUAUUGGAGAAAACCUACAAUGACCAGCUGAAGCAAAAAGUUUUAUUUUUACUUUUAUCCACAAUCAAACAAGAUCUGGAAACUUUUACUUUCAUGAAAGAUAAUUAUGAAGAUUAUGAAGAAACAUGCGAUUCAGCCUUUUAUACUUGUUUGGAAAUAGUAUCAAGCGAUGUCAGUUAUUCUAAAAGAAUUGUACAUUUCUUACAAAAUAAUAAUACCCUAGAAAAUUCUUGCAUUACAAGUGAAAAAAAAUUACCUGAACCUUACGAGCUCAGCACUCCAAUUUCCUCCAAAGUAUUAAAAUAUUUGCCUGUUUUGAUAAAUCAACUCGAAGGAAAAAGUCGAAAUGUUUUGGUUAAGCUUUUUACUCAAGAAUUAGUUAAAUUACAGAAAACAGCUAAGGAAAUGGUUGAACAUACAAAUUUUGACCACAAUUGUUGUGAGGAAUCAUUGUGUGAGCAUCAUAAACGUCUAUGUGAUAUUUCUUUAUCGUUAUAUUUCAUGGGGCAUCAAAAACUUGUUCAGACUUUAGUUUGUGACGUAAUAACGUAUCCUUAUUUAUUUAAGGGUGUGAAUUCUAGCACUGUGUAUAAAGUUGAAAAUAAUGAAGAAUGCAAUACUCGUAUGCAACUACAGACAUCUUCUUUCGACAAAUUUCUCAAGUAUCUGGAUACAACUAUGCCGUCAUUAUUAUGGAUCGUAGCGCCUUUUGUAAACAAUUCAAUUGACUCAAUCGACUGUUCUUCCGUGGAAAAUUUUCUUCAGAAUCGAAAUAAGAAUAUUUUUUAUGAGUUUGACGUGGUACAUAUUUGUAUUUUGUUACCAUUAAUAAAGAUAAUUCAAAAGCAUUAUGCUGAUUUUUUUCUUCCUGUUUAUUCGGAAGAGUUUUUGAAAAAUUUCCAAGCUGUACAAGGCAUGUUUUAUAAAUGGACGCUGACUCUUAUGGAUGACAAAAAUCGUUCUGAAUUUUUAAAAAGUGAAACAUGGUGUUUUUUUGUUAACCAAUGGAAAACCCAGAGUUAUGAAGCACAACGAUGCUCUCGGCAUGUGGCUGUCUUCAAAAAACAAUUAGUUUCAGACGAGAUGUGUAGAGAAAACAAUAACCAUACAAAGCAUUUUUUUAACCUUGAAGCUACAUAUCAUUUGAUGAAUACAAUUCAUAAAAUUCUGGAUCCAGAAAAACGACUGAUAAAACAAUAUCCUAAAUUGUUAAAAACUGUUGCUCAUUUGACGCUUAUGGAAUACAAAAUGUUUAUUCGAGAAAAUUUUGAAAAAUCUUUGAAAAUUUUCAAUACAGAAACUGUAAUGCAAUGUUUAAAAGAAGUACUAUGGAGACAAGAUUUAUGUUGCAUAAUAAAUGAUUUGUUUUUCUUGGAAGCUGAAUUUUCUAAAAACGUAGUGGAGUCUUCUAGAACAACACUUUUACAGGUCAUGUUGGAGGAUAUGAAGAUAGAUGAAAUAAAUUGCUUUUGGUCUACUGGUAUAGUGAAUGACACACUUACAAGAGAAGCUCGAACUGAGCAAAGACGCAUUUUUUUAAAUAAAGUUUGUGCGGAAAUAGCUUGUUCCUUACAAAUUGAACGAAUGAAAUAUCAGGAAAUUUUAGAAGAGAAAAUAAUUACUCAAACAACCUCCUAUCUUCAAGCUAUGAAAGGCCUACCCGCACUAUUCAGACUGACAAAUCGACCGGCAACUGGGACAGUUUCCGCAUACAUACCCGUUGCUGUAGCACCGUUAUCUUCUUUAAAAUAUUUGCGGAACAUAAAUGAAGUGAAUAUUAGUGCGUGGAUCGACAGAACCCUUGAGAAAAUAUUACGUCUUUACGAGUCUUAUUUAAAAAAUGUUUUAACAACCGUAGCAGUGCAGGAAGAAUCUCUACGUCGACUAUACUCGUCUAAGCAACACGCUAGAUCAUUUACAGCCUAUGAGGGACAAAUUUCUACUCCCACAGAUUUGGAUUUUAAUUUUAAACAGAUAAAACAACAAUUGACUCUUGAUACUGAAGAAUUUGAGCGACAAUGUUUAAGUAUUUCCCCUUCUUUUUCUAAGGGGAAAAAAGUGGGCUCUUACUCUCAUCUACUAACAACAGAUUGAUUCUUCAAAUAACCCUAUAUAUUAUUUCAGACGACGUGAAGAAUAACGUAAGUUUACUGUUCCCAUACUAGUACUCAAUGGGAGUUGAUUUGCACAUGGAGACAUUAGGGUAGCAGUUCACUGUAUAACACGUUUUAAAACUAGAUGUAUUCAAAGAUCUAUAAAACAAAAUUUUCAUUUAAUUUUUUACAAAUUUAUUUUAUAAAUUUCUGUUUAAAAACAAAUAAUUCA